GGGCUGCAUUUUUUUUUUUUGUGAGUACCACAGCGGCACCGUGCUGCACAUAGAAGGUUACCAGGAGGUUAUUUCUCAUGACUGCUGCAGGAUUGAACCAAACGUCGACCAGCUGCCACCACGGCUCACCUGAGAGCGUAAAAAAAGACAGAAACGAGCAGAAGUGGCGUUUCUGCAUAGUGGUCGGUUUCGCUGUGGUCCAUUGUUUUCUCCAUCUCGUUUGCUUCUGCAGCAGCAAGGACGGAGAUACCAGCGCGAUACGAGGAUCCAUGAGAAACGCUCUGAAUAGGAAACCGCUUCACCAUCACGGUAGGCCACGACCAGAGUGAGGGGGGCUCAGUUACAGGUAGAUGCAACAUUUGGGAAUCUUCACUGGCGAGAAAUCAGACGAAACGACAUCAUAGGAGAGAUGGUGGUAGUUUGCAACCAAGAUACGAAUGACUUGAUCAGAUGGAGAGCUGCAGGAGAAAGGAAAUCCUGUGAGCACAAGUGGUGUUACAGCAAAUAAAGUCUAAAGCUGAGUUGACUUUGAUUAAUCCCAAUUUUGUAAAUAAACAGGAGGUGUAAUUUGUUCUCAAUGACAGUCACACUAGUUAACCAACCUGUGUGUUUUUUUCUUCUUAGAGCACAAACUGGCUUUAAUGUUGACGUUUUAAGGGAAAUCUCUUGUCCUUCUUCAUCCAGCUGUCAACAUCUGUGUGUGAGGGUUCAGCCAUGGAUGCUGGGAGGCUGGAGCAGCAGGUGGCCAGCAUGAACAGGGGCAUCGCCUUCCUGAAGCAGGAGCACCUGGCCAUGCUGACUGGUCUGCGGCUUGAGAUCACACACCUGAAGAGACGCUGCCACGGUCAGUCUAUACAUUCCCUGCUGCUGCUGCUGCUGCUGCUCUACAUUUUAUGCUGCUCUGUGUCUUUCUGCCUGUUGUGCUUCAAUUUGUCCUCUUCAUUGCAGAGCUGAGCUGUGAGUUGGACUCCAGGUUUCCUGACAGAAACACAGAAGGUAAGAUAUUAGAAACAAAGCUAGUGAUGUAUGAAAGAAAUCUUAAUCCUCUAUCCAAGUAAUGGAAAAGAAAACCCACAAAGCUCUUUAGAGGAGGAAUGGAAACUCUCAGGGAUAUUAUCUAUGGGUGUAAUAUGACAAAAACAGUGCAGUAAAAUUACAUCAACUGUACAUUUGAUUCAGUUUAAUGUAAUUUGUAACUGCAUGAUUCAUGCUUGAUCUCCUAUUUUUAUCGUUCAUGUUUGGAAUUGGAGUGGGCUGGAUUUGUCUUGGUCUUUGUGUCUAGUGUCCAGCACUGGUCGCAUCGUCUUAAAUAUUAAACCUGACUUGGGGCUGGAAAGUGAACCAUUUUUAAAUAUGCAGAGAGAGAGAGAGAGAGAGAAAGGGGGCACUUAUGCAAACAGAGAUCUAAAUGACAGAAUAAUACUCAUACUCAUGUUGAUUGGUUAUCCAGUUUCACCAUGUAGUGAAGUAAAGUUGAAGAAGCUCUUAACCCCAAUUUCCACCGCAACCAGAACAUCAUAGGCCAUAGAGGCCAUAUCUAGAGUUAAUGGACUCCGCAACUGAUUGCAAGAGUUCAAUUUUUUCCGGACGCGGAGCAUGCCGGAUAAAGUCAGCACAGAUUAACCUGUGCCGGAGAGGAAGUCGGGCACAGACUCAAAGUAAAACAUCCGGCUUCUAUUCAAAAUGAAACACUCUUUGUUUCAGGCGGAUCGUAUUUCACACCAUGCAAACGGGCGGGGACGAACAAGUGAAUGACAGCAUUUCACCAUGGAUGAGAAGAUGCUGAUUUUAGAAGUCUAGAGGUGGAUUUUCCUCCUCUGGAAGGACACAAUCUAUUGCUUUCAUGGUUAGCCUCUGUGGCUGUCUUUAUGGAGACAAUUCGUUAUUGCACGAUUGCACAUGAACCGUGGGUUCUUGUGAGUUCUCGUGAUUACUGCUGUCUGUAAUCGGCCACAAAAUUUGCCUCACCAAUGGAUCCAGUAGGAAUUGGUGGACGGUGACAAUCGUUCCAGUUCAGAGCCGUUCCAGAUGCAAUGAAAAUUGGGGGUUAGAAGAGAAAAAUUAAAUGUGAGAAAUUGAAUAAAAAUUUGUCAUGAAGAUCAAAUAGAAAAGAUUUCCACCAGAGGUAGAUCAAAUGACACGAUGAGAGUGAUUAUCUGCACAAAUUUCUGUGUAUGUCCACAUUUACCUGAGUGCAUCUCUGCGUUUACAUUUGUGUCUCAGAGGAGGAAGCAGAACUUGCAGCACGGUGCGAGGCUGCAGAGCGCCUCCUAGAGGACCAGCACUGCAUGAUGGCUGCUGCGCGUGGAGAGCUGCGGGCUGGCCGGGCGAGAGCAUCAGCGCUGGGAAGGAGUCUCAGGGACGAAGAGCGAUGUUUCCUGGAAGAACUGAAACGUCGCAGCCACAAGAUCACGCUGCUGAGUCGUGAGCUGCAACGCCAAAAUGUCAUCACUACCAGUCUCUGCCAUGAGCUCCACGCCGCACGCUUAAAACUGUUCCAGCAACGGCAGAGCGCUCAGCCUGCUGCAGAGGGACAGGAGGAACCAGAGGGUAAACCUGUAGAAGGAGGACAGGAGGAAGAAGAGGAGGAAGAAGAGGAUGAAGAAGAGGAAGGGGAGGGCUCAGACUGGCUUCUGUCUCCUCCUCCCCCAGCUUCCCCCAUCAAACCAGAAGCCAGACAGAAGAGACGUAUCACCUUGAGGGAGGAGAGGGUCAGAGCUUGCAUCCCACAGGAGAGAGUGACGUCACCACAGAGGCCACACCCAAUGCCUGACCCCGCCCUCUUCCUUGUGCCACUGAGAUACCGCCUCCUUCGUUUGAGACAACCUAUCAGAACGCAGGAGGUAGAGGGGCUCGACGACGAGUGGGAGGAUAUAGAUGACAGCAGGGUGCACAGGAGAGUGGACAUGGGAGCAGGAGAGGGAGAAACUGCUCUGUGAGGAGCUGAAAAAGACAAAUGUGGUCUUCCAGCAGGUCUCGGCCUAGAUCAACUAACAUGUGAUGCUGUUAUUCAUAAAAGGCGGGGAGAUGGGAGAGAAGUUACUUUGUGAUUGUCUGUAGAUUUCAGGAAGUAAGCUAGAAAUUUAGAGUUAGGUGCACACAAGUGUAAGAAAAAACAUACAUAUAGAUGUAUAAACUGAAUUUGUCACGCUGAUGGUACAGCAUGUACCUUGAAAAUGUGAGGAAGUGACUGGAACUAAGGAGAACUGUUUCAUAUCGAUGCCUUUUUCAUUUUCACACUGUUGAUCACGGCUUCUGCCUGUAAUUAGUAGCCUUGCCUCUGGGUCUAUGAACACUAACACCCAACUCUUUAAAGUGGCAACCUGCUUUAUCACUGCACUAGCCCUAUUCCAGGUUCAGAAAGUCACUCUUAAAGGCUUAGGGAUUUUUUGUAUCAUUUGCACUUUAUUAAAUUCAUGCAAUGUGCCUAGUUAUGGCAGAUAAGUAUUACUGGUGUCCUGUUGUCUGUUUUCAGCACUGUCAGUGCUGGGAAUUAGCUUGAACAUGAAGGCCUACACUGGGUGGCAGUAAAAGCAUUCAUGGAAACAUGUACUGCACAGUGAUAAGGAAGAUGCCAUGAUAGCAAUGAUGUGCCUGCUUUUAAGUUUACACAAGUAGAAGUUUUGUGAACUUCAGACACGAACAUUUAAAGAGAUAUUCCAGUGUAAAACACACCGUAACACCGAGUUAAACACCCCAUCGAAAGAUGAAU